AUGCAAAUUGUACUCGUCCUCCUAGCAAUUUAUGGGACGACCAAAACAAAUGCUCUGCGCAUUGAUCAAUGUGGCGAGAGGGCACUUGGUAUGCAAAAUGGUGACGUACUGGAUUCACAAAUAACGGCAAGUAGCAGCUUUGACAAGCAGAGUGUUGGACCACAGAAUGCGAGGUUGCAUUCAGAACUGGCAUCGGGGGCCUGGUGUCCAAAACCUCAGAUUAACUCCAAGAGCUAUGAGUUUCUGCAGGUCACUCUGAAUGACACUUUCUUGAUAACCGCAGUGGAAACUCAAGGGAGAUAUGGAAAUGGAACAGGGCGAGAGUUUGCAAGCAACUAUAUGAUUGACUACCUCAGAACUGGAAGUCAAUGGAUAAGAUACAAAAAUAGAACAGGUCAUGUGUAUAUGGAUGGAAAUUUCGACACCACUACCCCAGUGAUCAGAGUGUUGGACCCUCCAAUUGUUGCAUCUCGCAUUCGAAUUGUUCCUUCUUCAAAAAACACACGGACAGUUUGUAUGCGUGCAGAACUUCAUGGAUGCAAACAUGAUGGUGUCAUCUAUUACUCAACUGUGCCAGAUGGUUCUCGUCUUGACACUCUUGACUUCAAAGACAAUAUGUUUGAAAAUAGUCAAAUGUACACUGAAUCAGGCAUCAAAAGGGGUCUUGGACUGCUGACUGAUGGGUAUGUGGCGCAGACGUCACCGUUUGAAAAAAAUCAGAUGAACAAUAGUUGGAUCGGCUGGAAUAGGGACACUACUGAUGGACGCGUUACAAUACUAUUCGAGUUCGAAGAUGUUCACAAUUUCACUGAUGUUGUUCUAGCCACAUUUGGAAACAGAAUUGAUGGAAUUGAUGUCAUUUUCAGCCAAGACGGAAAAACCUUUCCAUUGUUCUCUCAAAUAUCUUCAAGUGAACGACAAACUAUGAACAACACUAGUAGACGUUAUGACUUCCGUGUUCCUCUUCACAAUCGUGCAGGCAGAAAAGUACGGAUAUCAAUCAAGUUCUCGUCAGACUGGAUGUUCCUGACGGAAGUUCAUUUUACUUCAGCUGCAAACCUGACAUUGAUGUCUGAAAAGAUACCUUCACCCCAAUCCUCAGCCACUCAACAACUUCUUGUGAUAUGUGGAAUUAUCUUCUUGACAAUUUUUGCCUGUGUUGCAUACUGUAUUUCAGUUUGUCUCAAACGCCGACAGAAGAACAAAAGUGUUGACUCGAAUGUCAAAAAAGAUCUGAUCAUAACUCAUAUGGGUAACAAGCCAACAUGUCAUGUCUUCCCAUCAAACAACAAAUUAUCAAAUGGUUCUUAUGAAGUCGCUAACGACAUCCUCUAUGCAAGAUCACAGAAAUCUACGCUGUUAAGUGUCUCGUCAAAAUCAAGCUCUUCCUGCCGAGCUAUUCCUCCGACAUGGAAUGAUUUCAAUUUCCCGCCACCACCAGAAGGAAGAGAAGAGCACACCUAUUCACAACCUGUUUCUCCAGAGAAUACGAGCAGCAGCAACGGAUCUUAUAGAAGUGUCAAGAAAAUUCCAGCUUUGAAAAAAUACCCAACUAGUGCGCUGCUAAUAGGAAAAGCAAUUGGAGAGGGGAAGUUCACUAUGAUUAAGGAAUGUAUCAUAUUUGGAGGUUUGAAAUGUGCACACAAAUCGACAAAGGAAGAAGAUUGCGUGCAUGGUACGCGAGCAUUAGGGGAUGAAAUAGCAUGUCUGUUAAAAUGCGGAAGACACCCUCGAAUAGUGGAAUUAUUUGGAGUCGAUGAGUCAUAUAACUUGCUUUUGGAGCAUGUUGAAUACGGAUGUAUCAGGAAUUUCUGGUUGGCUUCGGAUGCACCUUUAGACACCGAAUUCUUAGCCAGGAUAUGCAAAGACAUUUAUGCCGCAAUGGCAUAUUUGGAAAGCAUCCGGAUAGUCCACGGUCACUUUACACCCAAUAAUAUCCUGCUUGACGGUGAAUUUCAUGCAAAAAUUUGUUCUCCUCGAGGUCCAUCUCAUCAUGCACAGCUUCGAUAUUCUGCUCCAGAAUCUAUUGUGAAUAAUGAAUUCACUCACAAAUCAGACGCGUGGGCCGUGGCUACAACAGUGUACGAGAUGGCUUAUCAAUGUCGACAACGUCCUUACGAGGAACUAACCAAUGAGCAGAUAGUUGAUAACGCGUGUGCUCUCUUGGAUCAACAACCAAAUGGGGUGGUUCCAUUGAUGCCAACAGUUUUCAACUAUGAAAUUCUACAACUUCUCACUCGAUGCUUCAGGGUGGAUCAGUUGGAGCGACCGACAUUCGAGCGGUUUUCAAAAUCAUUUCACAACUGA